CGCCCCGAGUCAAAGUUUCCUGUCUUCCCACCCAGCGCUUUGAGCAGCGGCAACAGGCGAAGCCUCGGUUGCUUACUAGUUUCCCACUGCCUCUCUGGCCAUCUGGUUCCAGCUUCGACUCACAGACGCCUUUCUCAAUAUGAAAACUGCCUGCCCUCCUCGUCCGGCCUCCCUGUCCGAUGAGAUCCUGGUCCCUUCCCUGUAGACAGGCCUGAAUUGCAGGGCGGGAGAAGGGGCGCCCCAGCCAAGCAGAAAGGCCGUCGCCAAGAAGGGAACGUGGAAGGAGUAGACUAGAGGGUAGGUCCGGCGCUCUUCAAAGAAAGGACGCAGAGCACGGCAUGCUGGUCAUGAAACAGAUCUUAUUCAUGAUUCUCCUGGGUGCUGGAGUAAUGUAUGCUGUAUUACAUAGUAACCUGUGGAAGACCAACAGCUUUGGAUUGUCCUCUCUGGAUAGAAAACAUUGUGGUUUCAAAAACAAUGUUUCUACUUUCAUAAAGAUGGAUAAGUUAUGUCCUUUCUUGUGCAAAAGUAAUUUUUUUGAUAUAUCUGCAAGUCGUGGAAGUAAUAAGUUUGAACUACCUUAUGGAGUGAAGAAUGCAGAAACCUAUUUUCAACAAGCACUUUCAAAACUUGAAAGCUGUGACCUGUUCCCAGAAGAUGACAGCUCAUCCUGUAAAAAAUGUAUUGUGGUUGGCAAUGGAGGAAUUCUUCGAAACAAAAACCUGGGUCAAAAAAUUGAUUCUUACGAUGUGAUAAUUAGAAUGAAUAAUGGACCUGUUAUAGGCUAUGAAGAUGAUGUUGGAAGGAGAACGACAUUCCGACUUUUCUAUCCAGAGUCAAUUUUUUCAGAUCCACUUCACUACGAUCCUGAAACUAUUGCAGUUUUUAUUGUCUUCAAGCACCAUGACUUAAAAUGGCUUUCAAAUCUAUUAAGUGGCCACAAUAUAAUGGCAACUGAUGUCUUCUGGAAGAAACCAGCAAUGAAGAUGAUUUAUAAGCCUAACCAAAUCAGAAUCCUUGAUCCAUUUAUUAUUAAAGAAACAGCAUAUGAAUUGCUUCAUUUCCCCAGAAAAUUUCCUAGACGAGGAAGACCAAAACAUCCCACCACAGGGUUAAUUGCCAUUGCCUUUGCCUUUAAUAUAUGUACUGAAGUUCACGUGGCAGGCUUCAAGUACAACCUGAAGGAUCACAGCAGUUCUUUGCACUAUUAUGGUAAUGACACCAUGUCUUUGAUGAUUAAGAAUGAAUACCAUGACAUUGAUGCAGAGCAGAGAUUUUUGAAUGAGCUUAUAAAGCACCAAAUUGUUAUCAAUCUCACAGAAGAACCAAAUUAAUGAACAAUCACUAUUUUUUGUAAAAGUGAAUUAUUUUUAUUUGAAUUAUUUUUUUAAUAAAGUAUUUAUAGAAAUUUGCCAUUUUUUUAAAAAAAAAAUUAUCUCACAUAUCUUCUAAGAAUGUCUUUGCUAUACUAUUAGUGUUUUCCCAGAAAGUAACUAUCAUAGUCAUUUACACAAACAUGUUAAUUUAAUUUAGAAGUCAAGAUAAAAUGUUAAGGCAACAAUAUAAAAUGUCCCUUCUGUUGAGUUUCAAUCAUGAAUAAAAAAGUGAAGUGCUAAAAAAUUUAUACACUUGGUCUCCACAACAGAGUGCUGGAAAUGCAUAUAGUUUUUAAAUCUUGUUUAAAAUGAGACUGCAAACUAUGAUGUUUUCAGCAAGGUGAUGUGUGCAUGGAUUAAAGUGGCACAGUGAUAACUACUGAACAAUGCAAAAAAUGGCUUAUGAGUAAGGCAAUUUUCACUUUCAAUAAUGGAACAGCAAAACUAAAGCAGUCACUCUGUUCUGAAUUUCCUUGAGUUAAUUAAUAUGUAUUCAAGAUGUUGCAAUAGAUGCUUAAAUCAGAGGCAUCUACAGGGAGAUUAAAAAAAAAUCAUAAUGGUGACCAUGAUUAUAUGAUCAAAAUUCCACGAGCCUUUUUUAAAUAUACAGUGCAAUUCUGUGAAUGCAAAAUAUUUUAUCCCUCUUCCUGCUUUCUCCCAGUGGACAUCCCUCCCUAAAAUAUGGCAUACUAUAGAAGGUUACUCUUGGAUCUUGUUCAGAAUGCUUUUAAAACUGUUUAACCCAAAUGUUUCAGUUUUUUUUUACUUUUAUUGUAUUUUUUGCUCUCAAUUUUUACCUGUAAGGUCAGCAUUGCACUGUUGUCAAAGACACAGCAGAGAGUCAGUAAAAGUAGAAUCCUUACAGCAGUCUAGACAUUUUUUCAGAAACAGUCUUCAUUUGAAAGAAUAGCUUAGCUAAGGGAUAUCAAAUUCUUAUUUUACUUGUUCAUCUUUAAGUGGCAAAUAUUAUGCUUUCAUAAUAUUUUCAUCAAAACUAUUUGACAUUCUUUAGUUUACUAAUUCAAAUAGUCCAAAGUCCCUUUAAAUAAAAGAUGAUAGUAUUCUUCUAAUAGAACAGUUUUCCUAAAUCUUUGAGUUUAUUUGGAUUUUAUUUUACCCUAUUUUCUCUAAAUUAAUAUUUAGCUCUUUAGAAAACAUAAUUUCUUAACUUGUUAAUUUUGCUUAAUGGAUUGCUGCAGAUGACUUGUGUUUUUGAAGCUUCUUGAGGUAGCUAGUGGGAUAUGUUCCAAAGAUGUUGAGCUACAGUUCUUAUAAAUAUCAAAGAGCAAUUUCAGACAUUAUAGCCCUAAAUAUUGGAACACCACUUGGUUGACAUAUGCAACAAUAUGGUUUUAUGUUUUACAAGUCAAUUUCUUUACUUCUAUUAAAAAAUAAAUAAUUUAUUAUCAUUAAAUGAUUUGAAUAUCUUUGGUCUUAUGAUAUAGACACAGGUAAAUUGAAGCCAAUGUUAAAAAGGCUUUUGGCUGCAAAGUCCUUGAUCCUCUCCAGCUAUUUCCCUUUUUUGUCCCAAUCAAAAGGAAAAAUCUUAUUUUUAAGCAGCACCAAAUUGGAGAUAAUAACUGUUCCUCUUCUUUUCAAGGCUUUCAAAUAGCUUCUUUGUGGCAUGUUUUUAAAGUUCUUUGUUGCGUGGGACUUGGGCAACAUUUUUGAAAUAGAGUUGCUGCUGAGUGGGUAUUCAAGGUCCUUUUAGAAAAUUAGUAACCAGGCUUAUUUUGAAAUAUUGAUAGCAGUGGAGGCUUUUUUUGAAGCAUCUCUGCCAUGUACGAAUAGGCAUGUGUGAAACUUAAUGGAGAACGCAUAAUUUCAUUUUGAUGGCUGUUGAUGAAUAAGAUUCCCAGCAUGUUUGUCCAGAAUAAGCUACUGCCAAAAUAGGUUCCUUAUACCUAAAGGAAUGCAUGGAAACUUACUCCAAAUAUCUUUAUUUUACACUGACGUGCUGGCAUAGCCUUUACCACUUAUGAAAUGUGUUAAAAACAAUAAAUUGUUUCUGAUAUAGAGAUACUUUGCACAUUCAUCACAUCUAUAGACUGUCUUUCCAAAAGUUUCUUGUGCACUUGGCCUACAAUGUUGAGGCUUAUUUGUAUUUUAUUCUGCUUUGUAAAUUCCACAUGUAGAACACUGUGGUCUCAGGAUUGAUGCAAAAUAAAACUCAAUGUUGUUAAGAAAAGGACAUUUCAGCUGGUGUAUCAUGCAUCACAAGCAAGACUUGCUGCAUUUCCCACUUUUGCAUAUCCCUUCAUGGUUAAUUCUGCCCACAUUCAGAUAAUCCUCUCUUUUCUAGUGCCCCUUGGAUUCAGCUACAUUCCAUAUUUUGUAUGUUACGUGAUCAGCCAUACUUCUAUAAUCUUGUUUAUCAUCUCAUAAACAUGAGAUAAAUGUUAACGUGAAAGGUUAACUUUUGUUAUUAUCUAGAUAAAAACAAAUAUUAAAGAUUCUACUGACCAUUUAAAAUUGAAUUAAGGAUAUAGUCUCACUCUUUUUGAAAGCAGCUUCACUUUUUCUUAAUUUAUUUUAUAAUUUAAUAUUAUAUAUAUGAGACUGGAAACAAACUGUGGAAGAUUUACACCCUUGAACUUUUCACUGGCCUGAGUCAUAUUUUUGCUAAUAUUGAAUUUUUAUUAUUCUCUGAAAUGUUAUGAUUUAAUUUGAAAAUUAAAAGUAAUAUUAUUACUUUUGUUAUAUUAAAUGUUUGCUGUUUGUAUUCCCCAAGCCCUUAACUUUCUUAACAGUUAAAUAAUCAUUUCUAUUUUCUGAAAAUGCUUUCGGAGUAACAUGCUGUUAAGUGGCUGUUCAGCUUUGUUUUAUUUUUAUAUCCAAAGGCAAAUUUUAAAACCCGUUGUAAUUAUUUGUGUAAAGUAGUAGUUUAAUGUGAAAGAGACUUAUUUUUGUUAUAAUAAAUAUGUUAAAAUAUA